CACAGUUUAACGGUCAGAGAGCUGCUGAUGAAGAUGAAGGAGCUGCUCCUCUUCCUCUCCUGUGUCCUCUGUGUCUCUGCCUAUGGUCUGCACGGUGACGUUCACAUAAACGGCUGUUCAGACUUUGAUGCAGAGGACAUGUACGGACUGGAUGGGGAGGAGGUUGCCUACGCAGACUUUAACAACCACACGGAAGUCUACAUUCUGCCUCCUUUUGCUGAGCCUAUGAUUUACCCCGGAGCUUAUAAACAAGCUGUGACUGAGCUGAAGGUCUGCAGACACAACCUGAAGGCUCUCAGCGCGGUGAUGAAGGACUACCCUUCCAAUAACCAUGCUCCUUCAGCUGUGAUGAUCUACACCAGAGAUGAGGUGGAGUUUGGAGAGGAGAACACUCUGAUCUGUCAUGUGACUGGUUUCUAUCCUGCUCCUGUCAACGUCUCCUGGACCAAGAACGGACAGAAGGUCACAGAAGGAUCCAGCACCAACGUUCCCUAUCCCAAUAAAGAUGGACCCUUCACCCAGAUCUCCAGACUGCAGUUCACCCCACAGCUGGGAGACAUCUACAGCUGCACAGUGCAACAUCUGGCCCUGACUGAACCACUGACCAAGAUCUAUAUCCUGCACGUGGGUCCAGCCACUGACAGCCACACGACUCAUCGUGACAGAAGGACGCAACCAGAACAUGGACCCAGCGGACUCAGCUCACCUCGAGAGAGAGAGAGGUGGACCUUGCUCGCAUCCUCGGACUGAUGACUCGCAUUAGCCACGCCUCAGAUUUGCAGACAUUCUCAGUCGGGUUGAAUGCAAUACAAACCAUAUUUGACAGAAAUCCUCAACUGCGCCAGCUGUCUACUGCCUCGGAGUUCAGCCGUUCGCUGACCCAGGCUAAGGAGGCGGUCAAAGCCUGGGAGCUGGCCCAAGUCACCCUCAUCUCCUCAUCCACACUGCCUCAGUCACAGCGAGCAAGCCCUCUCACGCCGCCGCAGCGGACGGAGCUUUCUUCAGCCCCGCUGCAGCAGCUGCAGUCGCAGCAUCGGACUCUUUCCUCCCUCACGUCUGGUUCCGACCACCCUCCACCUGCCUCAUGCCUGGCAGGAAUGUGGUCGGAGGAUGAGGGUCUGGUCACCGUUGCUCUGACACCUUCCGUUUCCUCUGCCGCUCCUGUUUCCAAGAGAAAGCGGCGUUCUCGUCGUCGCCGUCCCUCACCGCAACCCGAGUCCAGUUCCUGCUCUGAACUGCUGGACGUGGUGAGUGAGCAGAACAAUCGUCACCCGGCUUCUUCCACGCUGGGAAUCUUUAGCUCUGAGCCAGUGAAUUCAGAGUCAGUUAACUUUUUGACUGUUAACUCAGGGUCUGCAAAGAUAUAAACUGAUGAUCCCAAGAUGGCUGACUCUGAGGCUGUCUUUCGGGACUCUGAGCAUUCUACUUUUCCCUCUUUUGUUUCUCCCAAGUUUGAGAAAAUUCAGGAAUCAGAUGACCUUAUUUCAGAGUCAAAAGAAGUUUUGUGUUCUCUAACUGAGAGUGGUGUUUCUGGGUUUCAUUCUGAAAAGACUGAGGUUUCUGUUUUCACUUCUCAGCCAAGUUAUGUUGAUUCCGAGCCACCUGUUUGUGGAUCAGUUAAUAGUACAACGAUGGCUUCGGGAGUCAAUAGUGAGCUUUCAGAUGUAGAUUACAUAUGUGAAUCUGUUGUGGAAUUUUCUGACUUGGACAAUCAUAAUCUCACUCAGGACAUUAAAAAUGCUGUUCAAAAGACAAUUUCUCCUACUGCUAAACUAAACAGGGACAGUUCAAUUUCCCAGCCAAAUUCCAUCUAUGCUGUUCAGGCUACACCUCAUGAGACUGUUGUUGGUGUUGCUUCACCCAUGUGUUACGCGGCUCACCAGCCAGUUCAUUCUGAGGCUGCCUGUGAUAAACCUCAUGUUUCCAUAACCUCCCCUGAGUUAAAUUUCACAAGCCCAGAGUAUGCUCAUUUAAUGACUGUUUGUGUUGCUCGUUGUGAACUCUUCAAGACUGUGUUCUGUGACUGUCCAGGUUAAGAGCAACAAGGUGUCAUCUGCUGUUAACAAGCUGGCAAGAAUACUUGGUUUGAACACUGCAGAGUUGGUUGCUCAAGUUAGAUUUGGUUUCGGUUCCACGAUCAUGUCUGUACAACUCUGUGCGCCAUGCUUUUCAGCCAGUAGCCCUGGACGCUGUGUGUGCAACUUCCCAGGCUGCGUUUUGUAAGACUGUGUUUAAUGUUGCUUCACACCCAGUUUCUUCAGAUACUGCUUGUAUGAUUUCUCCAGCACCUGUGACUGCCCCUGAACUGAUCUUUUCUAAGACUGCUAAUGUCAACCUGGACAAUUUAAGAAUAGCAGUUUUACCAAGGUCAGCCUGCCAUAAGUCUUGGUUUUCUAGAACCAUGUCUGGUACCAUAAACCUGGUUUUCCCUGCCCGAGUCGCCCGUCCAGCCUGAAGUUUUGUCAGCUGGAGGCUCCGAGGAGCCCACCCAGCACCACGCCUCGUCUGCUGGGGGCCCUGGAGGACCCAGCCAGCACAUCCUCACAUCUGCUGACGGUUCUGGGAAGACCGUUCAGCCACUACCUGUUCCACCGCCUGCAGCAUCCACAUCGUCGCCUGCAGCAUCGCUGCCGUCAGGUUCCGCAGCCGUCUCUUCAUCCAUGCCUGGUCCUGCGCUUGCCACACCGUCUUCAGUUGCAGCUCGUCCUUUUCCACCUCGGCUCUGCCGGCCGCUUUCCAGGCCUCCAGCUGGACGUCAUCGUCGGACAGGGCGGCCCCUGAGCGGGUUCUUCGUCGGUGCCGUCUGCGCGGCCGGCCACCUGAACUGCUGUGUGAUGGGCCUCCGGAUCUAGGUGUUUUGAUGUCUUGACGCCUAUUCUGUUUGGGACUGUUCUGUGCUCCUGUGCCCUUUUUGUUUUGGACUUGUAAUACAUGUAAUUGAAAUCCUUCUGGUUUGCACCGUAAUAUAUCAGCACAGACAGGAGCUCGGAGUCAGCAAAACUUUAAAUGAGACAGUAAGAGUGAGGAGGUCCGACAGAUAUUUGAGGAUGCAGCUGAUGUCAACAUCAAUGAACUCUGUCAUUGGAUAUAUUGGAAAAUGCAUGGACGAUAUCAUCACUAAAACCACCGUCUGCAAAUAUCCAAAUCAGAAACCCUGGUAGAUAAGGACAUUCCUGCUAAGCUCAAAGUGCAGACCUCUGCCUUUAACUCAGGGCAUUCUGAUGCAUAUACAGCAGCCAGGUAUGACCUCUGAAAAGGGCCACAAAGGACUACAGGGACAAAGUGGAGUCCAGCUACCACAGCUUUGACGCCAGGCGACUGUGGAAUGGACCACGCUGCAUCACUGACUACAAGAUGGAAAACACAGGCAGUGUUCAGCCCACAGCGUCUCUUGCAGACGAGCUCAACAACUUCUAUGAUCAUUUUGAUGCAGACAGCGAGGAGCCGCUCCUCUAUCCUCAGGAGCACAGCGAGGCUGUAACUUUAACUCUUAAAACAGAAGCUGUGAGAUGGUCUUUCAAAAAGGUCAAUCUUCACAAAGCUCCUGGACCAGACGACAUCCCAUGCCAUUCUCGUUCCUAAGAAAUCAGUGGUCUCCUGUUUGAAAUACUACCGCCCUGUUGCACUGACAUCCGUCAUCAUGAAGUGCCUUGAGUGGCUGGUCAAAGGUCACAUCUGCUCCUCCCUCCAUGUUACAUAUCUGCAAAGUUUGGCAUGAAUGCCAACAUCCCUUCAAAUUUCUACAAUCUAAGACCGAGAGCUUGCUGACGAGCUGCAUUACAGUUUGGAGCAGAAGCUGCUCUGCAGCAGCAGGAAAUCACAGAGCACGUCACUGGCAUGAGGCUUCCUGCCACUCAGGAUGUUUAUCUCCAGCAGUGUCUCUGCAAAGCACACAGCAUCAUCAAGGACCACAGCCACUCAGCACAUCAGCUGUUCUCCUUGUUACCAUCUGGCAGACGUUACAGGAGUCUGUCUGCUCGGACUACAAGACUCAGAAACUCUUUUUACCAUCAAGCCAUUCGGCACCACAACACAUAAUCCCUAAAUGAUGUAACGUUUAUGUAAAUCCCUGUGUGUAGGUCUCAUCCCUUCAAUAAUGUGAUGCUCAUUGGGGCCAUUUUCUUAGCUUCUUUAAAUAAAGUUAGUACAGCCAUAUAAACCAGUCUGUCCCAGGUGUAACUGGGUUCUGAUCCAGUCUGUGUAUUUUGUUAGUGUCAAUAACAGUCGUGUCUGCAGCCUUUAUCUAUUAAACUUUGACUAAACCUUCAAUAAUAUUCUGAUGUAAGAGUGUUAAUAAUGAAUAUGUCUUUAAUGAUCUCCUGUUAAUGCUUACAUGUGGCCUAAUUCCUGUUAUUUGUCUUCUUUUAGGAUUAGGAGUGAACUUUAUUGUCAUUGUUGUCAUAAACAUAUAAAUACAGAGUAAUGAAAUACAGUAACAGCAGGGCUGGAGCUCUGGGCUUUAAUCUUAGGAGUUUGUUGGGAGGAUCACUGAUGCAGCUGCUUCAUGUGGU